AUGGCCGCCGCACUGCAUCAAUAUGACUACAUCUUCGCCAUCACCACCAUCUUCUCCUUUCUCGAUGCUUGGAACAUUGGCGCAAAUGACGUCGCAAACUCAUUCGCGACGUCUGUCUCCUCCCGCUCCCUCACAAUGAAACAAGCAAUGGCCAUUGCUGCCGUCGCCGAGUUCUCCGGUUCCGUAGCAGUCGGUUCCCGUGUGACAGACACUCUCCGUAACAAGAUCAUCGACCCGCACCUCUACGCCGCCCAACCUAGCGUCCUUCUGCUCGUCAUGAUGUGCGCCAUCUUCGGCUCCUCCGUCUUCCUUAGCAUUGCUACGCGCAACGGCUUGCCCGUCAGCACGACGCACUCCAUUAUUGGCGGACUUGUCGGCGCCGCGACCGCGAGCGUGGGUAUCUCGAAAGUUAGUUGGGGGUGGGACGGGGUGUCGCAGGUGUUUGCGGCGUGGGUUGUUGCGCCGGGGUUAAGCGGGGCGCUUGGGGCGGUGAUGUUUCUAGUGACGAAGAGGUUUGUCUUGACCAAGGCGAAUGCUGUACGAAAUGCCUUCUUUACGAUUCCGUUUUACACCUUUCUGACCUUUGGCUCGUUGACAAUGCUCGUAGCUUGGAAAGGCGUCCAGCUCCAGGUUGAACUCACAGCAACCCAAGUCCUCAUUGCAGUCUUCUCCGUCGCCACUGGCGCCACGCUCCUCCAAGCCUUCUUCCUCUUACCCUACCUCUGGCGGAAGAUCGUAAACGAAGACUGGGAGCUCACUUGGCUCAUGAUGUGGAAGGGCCCCUGGCUCCUUAACCGGCCGCCACCACCACUACCUCCAGCCGGAGUACGAAGAGUCAACAUCAAGGACUACUACCGCGGUCACCUCACAGCUGACGAGCUCGCCUACGUAAGAGCAUCGGAAACCCUCUUAGAAUCAAUUCAAAGCAGCCAAACGCCCUCAGACCUCUUCAAAGACGACCAACCCAUCCUCUCGCCGCCAGUCCUCGGACCCCCCCAAACCCCAGGAGCAACAUCGACAACAUCAGCCUUGACAGAAACCACACGCCGGCCCUCCUCAUCCUCCUACUCCUCUACUUCAGAACACAUCCCACCUCGCCCGCCAGGACCCAACGCGAGCCUCCCCGUCCUCACAUGGCACCUCAACCGCAUCCUCCUCCGCGGCCUGGAACAAGACGUCAUCACAAUGCAAAAGCGCAACGCCGUUCUCUCCUGGGACAUCGCCGACAUGCACGCCCGCGCCCCGCACUACGACAACCGCGCAGAACACAUGUACAGCGCCCUCCAGAUCCUGACCGCCUCCGCCGCGAGCUUCAUCCACGGCGCAAACGACGUGGCCAACAGCAUCGGACCCUUUGCGACGGCCUACGACAUCUGGCGCACGGGGGGCAUCGAGACGUCGGUGGGAGUGCCGGUGUGGAUUCUCUGCUUCGGGGGCGGGGCCAUCGUGCUGGGCUUGUUGACGUACGGGUACCACGUCAUGCGGAACCUCGGAAACAGGCUGACGCUGAUUUCGCCGAGUAGGGGGUUCUGCAUGGAGCUCGCGAGUGCGGUGGUGGUGAUGAUGGCGACGAAGCUUGCGCUGCCUGUGUCGACUACGCAGUGUAUUGCCGGCGCGACGGUCGGGGUCGGGUUGGCGAAUGGGGAUUGGCGGUCUAUUAACCCGCGGCUCGUGGCGUGGAUCUAUUUCGGGUGGUUUGUUACCGUGCCUGUGUCUGCGUUGUUUUCGGGGUCGUUGAUGGCGUUGAUUCUUAAUGCGCCGCACUGGGAGGCGGCCAUAAGGGGAGGAUAA